AUGUCUGGUGCGGUGGCCCUGGGAGGCCUUUGAAGAUCAAUGCGAAACAUUCAAACGGCCUCACCAGCGCUGCCGGCUAUGCACUGCACGCUCGCUGCACGCCCGUACGCGCAUCCAUAGCAGCUGCAUUGCUCGCGGCUGCCCUGCCGUGCACGAAUUGCACUCUACGUCUACACGGUGUUCGGAUGCGGAGAACAAGCAUUCCGCUGCACGUCGUUGCGCGUGCCCGCCUUAGCCUCCCGUUGACGAGACACACCUAGGCUUCUCAUCACGUGAUCGCGCGCCAUUCUGCUUGGACGAGCCAAGCAUUCUGCACAACUAACCCCACUCCGUCACCGCGUCGCGUUGCCGUGCUGUGCGCGCAGUGUCUCUGCCGUCAUGAAGCGGCAGCACUCGUCAAACAACAAAAGCAUUCUUCAUUUCUUCAAGGGCGUCCCACGCACUGCACAAGAAAGCCCCCCAGCAACAGCAAACACCAGCACCGACCAUGUCUCGCAGCCACCCCCGUCCGCUGGCCCAGUGCUGCCAGCAUCUGUGCCAUCCUCUACAGCUAGUGCUUCUGCAUUCUUAACUUCGACAGCUUCCACAAUUGCAGAUGCACCAGCAACCGACUCUGUCAUGACGUCGAUCGAGACUCCGCCAAACACCUCACAGAUCUCUGCAAACUCGGGCGCCAGCAAGCGAGUCCUGUCACAUGGACAGCAAGUCGUCCUGAACUCUGAUUCGGACUCGGACUCUUUGGGCGACCUCGACUUCGGCCUCCCUGCGCCGAAGCCCAAGACCCCGACUCAACCCAGUCGGCCGAGUCGCAGGACAGGAUUCGACGCGCCCGAGCUGCGCCGACCGCCCAAAUCAGCUAGGAACAAUGGCGCACGAUCCUUUAACCAGCUCAUGGAGACGACACAGAAGAAUCUGGUCACGGAAAGGAAGAUCCAGGAGGGAAAGGCUCAUCUGGACAAGGUGGAUGAACACCCUGCUCUACUGCCUGCAAACUUGGACAAAGAAACGCUUAAGCAUGCCAUUCAGGACAGCGAUGACUCGGACCACGCUGGUCGAUUGCUCAAGGCGAUGCAAAGGACCAAUGAAACCCAGGCCCAAACAGCCUAUCACUUCUUCGAAGACACCCCGAGCAUGCUUCUACCUACACCGUUCCCAGAACAAAUCCUGCCAGCCCAUGCUUGGACUACUUGUUUCAAAGAACCUUCCACUCGAGAUCAGGCCUUCUUGACUGGUUUCGCACAACAGAUCUUUCGCCUACAAGCGCUGCCUAAGGAGCUCGCUAUUUGGAUGAUAGAUCAAAUUUGUCUAGAUCCCAGGGAGGCGCUCGAUCAGAGAUAUAUCGAAAUACUCAUGACACACGAUGAGCAGUUGCAGAAGCAACUCAGCCCGAAGAAGCUCGACUUUAUGUUCACAUCGCUUGGUGCUCACAUCGACAGUCUCAACGACAAUGCUGAGAUAUCACCAUCUGAAUUGCACGCACACAGUGAACAGGCAUUACCUCCAGCGCUCAAACGAAUCGCCAUUUUGCUCACUUCUGCUGCCCCUUGGCUGCAUUCGAGGGCUAGGAUCCACGCAUUUUACUUGUUGUGUCACACCUGCUUAGACGAUCGUGUCUUGCAUGACCCGGACAUCCUGAACUUGGUCCAAGAUGCUAUCGAAGCAGUCAUCUGCCAGUACGCUGACAAUUGCAAGUUGAUUUCUGGCGUAGGAAGCCCUCUACCGGAUGAUUUGCACUCUCUGAUCACAUCCCAGCUCACUCACACUAUUCCAAAAUUGCUUUCGCGCGUCACAAAUCCUCUUUUACAGGCGAAUCUUAUACACGCGUUCCCGACGAGAUCACCAUUGACAGCCUACUUGCAACGGCAUCUGGCUUUGUCGUUCUUGUUGCACCCUCUCCCUGUCAACAUACCCCUUGCAGAUCCACAGUUGCCCGUACUCAUUCACAAAUAUCUGGGAACAUCAUCGCAUUGGCGUAUGAGCAAAGACACCAAUCACGGCUUUGUAACAGCUCGUAUUACCCUUCUAGACAUCGCAAUUGGGCCUGGUCCAAUGACAGUCCCGUACCUGCCGCUCCUCAGCCCUCCACCCUCAGAGGCAGGUUCUUCACCACCCUUAGCACCAACUCCAGCGUCCUCGGAAGUCAAAAAGUUCAAUAAAGAGGUAGACGCUCUCGCACAACAUGCCAAAAUUCUCGGUAAUUCCAUUAUCGAGACAGGUGGUGCGCUUGAUCUCACCGCCUUGGAAGCAAAAGAGCGCUGUGAGAGAUUGUUUUGGAGACUACAACACGCCGUGCGCGUUGGCGGGAUGAGAGCAGAAAACGUCUUUGGAGAUAGCGAUGACGAGAAACAACUGAAGGUCAGAAAAUUCUUCAAACCUCUUUCGAAGAAAAUUGUCCCGACGGAGAGUGUUUUCGACGAGAAAGGCGAUACCGGGUUAUCAAUGUAGAGCGUAGAACGUGUGUUGAUGUCAAGGCCAGCACAGGAAAUGUCACUUGCAAGCACCAUCCAGCUAUUCAAUACUGAAUAAAUCUCUCAAAUUUGACAUGCCACAUGAAUUUU